AUGAAAGUUUGCAUCAACCAAACAAACAAAAAAAAAUACUUCACUCACUACCCAAAAGAAAGAAAGAGAUGGCGACGUCAGGAACAUAUGUGACGGAGGUUCCUUUGAAAGGAUCCGCGGAGAAACACUACAAGCGUUGGAGAAGUGAGAACCACCUCUUCCCCGACGCCAUCGGCCACCACAUCCAGGGUGUUACCAUCCACGACGGCGAAUGGGACUCUCAUGGAGCCAUCAAGAUUUGGAACUACACAUGCGAUGGGAAAGCGGAGGUGUUCAAGGAGAGGAGAGAGAUAGACGAUGAGAAUAUGGCGGUAACGUUCAGAGGACUGGAAGGUCACGUGAUGGAGCAGCUUAAAGUGUAUGACGUCAUCUUUCAGUUCAUUCAAAAGUCCCCUGAUGAUAUCAUCUGUAAGAUCACUAUGAUUUGGGAGAAGCAAAACGAUGACAUGCCUGAGCCCAGCAACUACAUGAAGUUCGUCAAGAGCCUCGCCGCUGACAUGGACGAUCACGUUCUCAAAGCCUAGCUAAAUCCCUUUCACCAAUCAACCCAUCACCUAUCAUCACCCUCAUACAUAUAAGGCUCCUUUUGUAUUCGUACGUGUAUCAUGUAUCUUUGUAUGGUGUUUUCAAUACAGUAAAUGGGGGUUCGCAUCAGGGGCAGAUCUAGACAUAUAUUUAGUAUGGGGCACUCUUGUAACUAAUAAUUAAUUUAGAGGCACUUAAAUAAA